GCAGCCUUCUAUGCCUCGGUUUAAAACCUGGCUGUCCACACAUUUUCAUCAAGAAAUCACUUCUGACCUUCCAGAAAGGCAAGAAUGGAUGCCUUGGCUGUGCCACACGAAAGGGGGAGAGGCUGGUACCUGUCACUCAUGGCGCCAAAUACAAAGGGAAAGAACUUUGCCUGGUUGGACCCAUCCAGGCUCUACUGCAACCACCAGGCUCUGUCAGACUGUGUGAAGGACCUACUCCAGCCAUUCCAAAAUGAAUCCAUUGACCUGGUGGCUGGCAUUGAUGCCAUGGGAUUCAUCCUAGGAUCGGCUGUGGCAACUACACUGGGCAAAGGAUUCCUGGCCAUCCGCAAAGCAGGACACCUAUGUGUGCAGACAGAAAGCCAACCAUACAGCGAUUACUCUGGCAGAGAAAAGCUAAUGGAGGUACGGCUGGACGUCUUAAAACCAGGUCUCCGUGUGCUCAUAGUGGACCAGUGGAUAGAAACAGGAGGCACCAUGCGGGCAGCCAUCUCCCUGGUAGAGAAGCUGGGAGCCACUGUUGUAGGUGUAGCUGCAGUCGCCAUUGAGAACAGCGAAGGAGGACGGUGGAUCAAGGAGAACUACAGGUGCUCCCACUGCAUCCCUGAGGAGCUGCAAGCACAGAUAGACCAGCAGCACCUGGAGUCCUUUAAGAGCUUCCCCAGCCCUGCCCAGUGAAGAAGUCCACACCUACACGGAGCUACAACACAGCCUGAAGCAGGGAGCAGUGUCCCCCGAACAGACAUCUCACACAAGGAAUGAAUGACAUCAGGUGAAAGCAAUCUUUUCCUGUUCUUUCCUCCUCCUUAUGGAAACUUCAUACUAGCUGGGAGGAGAAACUGUUUUAGGAGUUUAAGGCCGAGAUGAUGUUGAACAGGCGGAAACAAAAAGGCUCCAGCAGUCAGUAGGGCCACCCUUGUCUCAUGAUGUUCAGAUUCUGUUUUUUUGCUCUAACAAUGGGGAACUACUGACAUUCUCUCCACAUUAAUAUUCCCUUUUACAUUUUUUAUACAAUGUCCUCCUCCAAAUGACUGAGUUGAUUCUUAAGUGGAGAACUGAUUACUGUAA